CGCCAUCCAGUCGUGAGGCGUUCGCCGGGCAGAGUGGAGGUGGUUACGUUGUCCGCAAGGAUAUGUGGUCGGUUACCGCGACGCCGCCGCGGUUCGCGCAGGCACAGGUACGAAGUGCGCGCGUUUUCGAGGCGGUAUCACGAAAAGCGCAGGAGUGGCGUUUCUACGUAUCGUUCCGAUAUCACUGCUACAGUUCAUCGUUGAUGUACAGUGGGUAGUAGGAAGUUCGUAAAUCGGCAAAAAAAGAGGAAAGACGAGAGGAAAAGAAGAAGAAAGAAAAGAGAUAGAGCGCGGUUCUAUCGCGCGGUGCAGUGUGAAAAGUGUUCGCGAAGGAGGCUUUUGCUUCCUCUUGUGUGUGCGUGUACGUGCGUGUGCCACAGCAAAAGCACGUAAGAACGUAACUAGUGACACACGGAAGAAGGAGAGAGAGAGAGAGAAAGACGAAUAAACACGGGUCGUCGGAUAAUCCUUGUGUACGGUGUGCGGGUUUCGUGAAUGUGCGUCAAAUGACAGUGAGGUGAUCAAUGUGCUCGAAACAUGGCUGAGGAGCUGGUGGUCACCCUGAACCGCGGCGACUCAUCCGGAUUUGGGUUUUCGCUCCUUGGUACCGCGGGUUUGCCGCACGUCAUCUACGACAUCGUUGAAAAUUCGCCGGCAGCAAAGAGCGGCAAGGUCGAGGCCGGCGACGUCAUACUCAGGGUGAACGAAGUCGAUGUCAACCGAUUUAGUACUAAAGAAGUGUUGAAAUGUCUACGGCUCUCGUCGGAUCCUGUCACCCUGAAAUUGAGAAGGGAUCCUGCAAUAAAAGCUCAUGUUCGUCGGUUAUUGUCACCUGGACAACCGGUAUGUGACGAAACGGAUUCAUCGAAGAUAUCUCUCGAGGCAACAACACCUGCGAAUAACCCUAGAACAGUGUCGUCUGGCAACGGAGAGGGCACGGAACUAAGGAAACCUGGAACGCCAGAACUUCCGGGAGGUUCGCCACAGGAACCAACUGGAGCGACACAAUAUGCGACCAGAAGCAAUGGAUCCUAUAGUGAUGCCUCUGGCUCCUCCGAGUUAGAAGCACUACUUCCACCAAUGGAUAGUUUCAAAGAAGAGGAACGCGCACAAUGGGAGCCGCUUUCCGGUGACAAGUUUUCCAGACAGAAGAACACGCCUAGGUUUGAAGCGUAUAUGAUGACCGGUGACCUAAUGUUGAACCUGUCGCGCACCCAGCAAAGCAGCAGCCUGCUCCCGAAGCACCAGAAGAAGGUCGAUUCCCUGAGGUACAACAAUCAUCACACCCACCAUCACCAUAAUCACCACAAUCACCAUCAUCAUAACUCGGUACCCACCAGUCCUAACGAGAUGCUGGGCCAUCACCGUGCUUACAAGUGUACCGGUUCGAAUUCGGCCAGCACCUCACCGGUCGGGAUCAGCAAACGUGAAAGCGGCCAGUGUCCGGGCCAGAGCGAUAAUAGCAAACAAAAUACCGCGAGUUUUGGUUAUUCGAGCGGUUUCGUCCGCACCUCGCGCUCCGAGGACCACUUGCAAUUCCAAAAGGAUCCGUCGAUGAGCGCGGUGGACAUUGACAUUGACGAUGACGUCACGUCCAGCCUAAACACCCUGUUGGACACGAGGCCUGACAGCGGCCAAGGUUUGUCCAGCGAGAGGAUCGUCUGGACGUACAACGCGCCGGUCAGCUCGCCAUCAGCCUCGGAGCGCACCUCCUGCUGCCAGAAUGGCAGCUCUUCGCAAUCCUCGUCGAGUAGCUCCUCGACCGAGGGAACUAGUCCCCAAAGAUCCUUAUCGCCAACUUCCCCUACCUCGGUCUCGUCCUCCGUCAUGUCCUCCAAUUCUGGAUCCCGUAGGUUCCCACCGCCGGUACCCACGGGCACCACACCGUCAGCCCUGGGACCCUCCGGCGACGGAACCGCAUCCUCGGCCUCCGGCCUUCAUCCCACCAACGGUGACCUCAGCCAGUCCGAGGCGAUCAGCAACAUGUCCAGUCCCGACUACAACGACGAAGAGACUAUGGACAUACUGAGUGCACGCGAUAUCAUGAUGGUCAGUGAUCCGAGUGACAGUGACUCGACGAUACUCGCCAGCGAACCACCUCAGAGGAGGUUGAAGGCAGCUGCUGCGGCCACCGUGCAACAAACGUCGAACGUUUAUGCAUCAGCACAGGAAAAUACCGAGCAUAGGAUAGUGAUACAGGUGAAGGGGCCGGACAAGGACAUUGCGGUGGCGAGGAAUACGAGUCCAAGGCAGAACAGGAGACGGGGAAAUCUCGGUAAUCCGGAACUCGUAGCCACGUCCACCGCACAGAACAUCGUGCAACGUCCGCCCAGCAAUAACACCGCUGGGAACGUUACGCCUGAAUUCGUUGGGUAUCAGGAAUUGAAAGAGAGUGAAGAUGAGAAUGAAGCUCUAAAUAUUGGAAAUUACGAAGAUAAGCACGCGUCGCCACCACAAUCUGCAGAUGAGGAAAGCGAUAUUGAAAGUUUACACAGCUUUCAUUAUAGUCCAAAAGCAGUGGACUUGCCAUCAGCCGUUCGAUUAGCCAAAAGACUAUAUUCCUUAGACGGUUUCAAAAAGUCUGACGUCUCUAGACAUCUUAGCAAAAACAACGAUUUUAGUAGAGCGGUAGCCGAAGAAUAUUUGAGAUAUUUCAACUUCGACCGAGACACGCUGGACGUGGCUCUUAGAAAGUUCCUUGCCCAGUUCUCUUUGACCGGGGAGACCCAGGAAAGGGAGAGGGUUCUUGUACAUUUCUCCAAGAGAUUUCUCGAUUGUAAUCCGGGCGCUUUCAAUUCUCAGGAUGCUGUUCAUACUUUAACUUGUGCUAUAAUGCUGCUCAAUACCGAUCUCCAUGGUCAGAAUAUUGGUAGAAAGAUGUCAUGUAAUGAAUUUAUCGAAAACCUUUCGGAACUGAACGAUGGCGAUAACUUCCCUAGAGAAGUGCUAAAGCAGUUAUAUAAUGCCAUUAAAUCGUUCCCCUUGGAAUGGGCCUUAGAUGAAGAAGGAGAUGAAACUGCGAAUCAGGCAAUCCAACAGGGUGACGGUCCAGCAAUAUCGGGUACCGGAAAUCCAUUUCUUGAUGUGCCAAAUGUUACAGGUGCUACGGAGUUCAAGAAGGGAUAUGUUAUGCGGAAAUGUUGUUUCGACUCCAACGGAAAGAAAACACCAUUCGGGAAACGUGGUUGGAAGAUGUAUUAUUGUACAUUGAGGGAACUUGUAUUAUACUUGCACAAAGAUGAACAUGGCUUCCGUAAUGAUAGUUUGCAUAACGCGAUACGCAUUCAUCAUGCGUUAGCUACUAAAGCAUCUGACUAUACGAAAAAAGAACACGUGUUUAGGUUACAGACUGCUGAUCAAGCAGAGUAUCUCUUCCAAACAAGUGAUUCCAAAGAAUUGCAGUCGUGGAUUGACACGAUCAAUUUCGUGUGUGCCAGUUUUUCUUGUCAACCAUUAGCAGGCGCGGUUGGUUCACAGCGAAAGUUUCAACGACCUCUGCUUCCGUGCAGCCACACGAAAUUAUCUCCUAGAGAACAAUUACGGGACCAUGAGGAGAGAGUGAGCAAAUUAGAAGCUGAAUUGGAAGAGCACAGACGACAUCCGCCUGAGAGAGGAGCUAAAGCUCUUACUGUACAGAAUUAUAAGGAAAAAGAUGCUUAUUUACAUCAUGAGCUUAAGAGGUAUAAAACAUACGCAUACCUGUUACGAUCCAGGUUGGCUUUUACGGAAGUGGAACCAUCGUUAGUUGAGAGCAGUAUUGGAGAGGUGGAUGAAGGAAGCGGAACCUUGUUGAAUUCGGAUGUUGCACUGGUACCACCACCUGUUCCUGAUCGACCGGCCAUAAAUAGCAUGUGUGGUCUAAUCUGACCUGUAUAUGCAGGCAAUAGGAACAGCUGAAAUUUAGAAGAGAAUAUUAAUGAAAAAAUAACGAUGUAUCCGACGCAUCACUUGUUAAGUACUGUACUUUAUCGUAUCAUGUACUCACCAUUCUCUUUUACUAUAUUUAAUCGUAAAUUUAUCAGCGGCCAUUAAAAAAAAUACCGAUACUGCUAGCAUUCGUAAGGUACUAAUUACAGCAGCGAUUUUAAUUUUUUUUGUUAAAUCACUUUUUUAUUAUUUAAUUCUUAAUAUUAUUAAUAUUAUUUUACUUUUUUAAAUAAAAUAUUCAAAUUAAUUUAUCAUUGCUCAAGUGCCAUAUUUAUCAAUUAAUUUGCACAUAAUUGAACAUAAAGCUGCUGUUUUAAGUGCUCAUUCGAUACCGUUAAAUUGGUGAUUGGGUCAGGGUUCGCACCUAACUCAAUAAUAUAAUGUAAAUGAUUCACUAAUUAUACCCGAAUAGAUUGUUAAUGCGUUGACAAAAAUUUGGCAAGGCCCGAUUCAAAAUUCGUGCCUUGACUGAAGAUAAGACCAGUUAUGUAUAGAACAAUAUUUCAACGAAUUUAAAGGAUAGAAACAAAUAUAUGGUGUUCGAAUGUUGAAUGAUAUUAUUUACUAUAUCGUAAAGAAAAAAAUAGACAUAUUGUGAUCAUUAAUUUCAAAUUAAUCUAUUGUAUAAAAGAUAAUGAGCAAAUAACAAUUUUUAAAUGUAUUGUAAAAUUUGAUCAAAUUUUUCUGUAUUAAUAAUAUAUUGUAUAGAAAUAACUUUAAAACGAAAUUGUAAAAUCAUCUCACCGAAAUAAACAAAUUAUACGAUACUUUGUUGCUAUACUAAACUGUGUCUGUCUUCGUAAAAAAAAAAAAAA